AUGAGGGUUCUCUUAGCAGCUCUGGUUUAUAUUCCGUGCCUCACAGCUGUAGUAAGGUAAGGAAGUAUUUCAUAUAUUUUCAGUGUGUUCUUAGCAGUGGGCCCAUGUUUCUGUAAAAAGGAGUCUUGUUAAUUACUUUAGAAGCUUUUUCUUUUUGAAAAAGAAACUUUUGGUGUUGGCAUGCUAUAGAAAGGUAUUUGCUACAAGAUGGCACUAGACUCAAACCCUGGGCAAAAUUCAUGGAAACAUUUCCCCUGCAACAAGUCCCAAUGAUAGGAAGGCAUAAUACCACAAUUUAUGUUAAUUUCAGUUCUUGGGAAGAUGCUUUAUACUAAUUCAGGCUAUUUAUCUAGUCCAGUACUACACAGACUAGCAGUGGCUCAUGUACCUCAAAUAGGAAUGAGGGAGAAACUUGAUUCCAUUGGCACUGAAAAGAGAGCUAACCAACUUUGUGUCUUCUGAAACAAGAUGGGAACCGAAGAACAGCUAUCCUCUAAUAUUCUCAGCCAGCUUUUUCAGUGCAGUUCUCCAGUCAAGUAAUGUAUGUAAAAGUGCCUGUACAAUGGUAAAGGGUGCACAUAUUAGUGAAAAUAACAUAUAAACAUGUGUAUAUUGGUAUGUGCAUAUAAAAAUGUACACAGGAGAGAUUUUUGCUAAAAUGUUGGCAAAUUUCCAUGAGGUAUUUUUUUUUAAUCGCAAACUGAUGCAGAAAUGUGGAAUUUAAGAUUAGAAAACUGAGAGAAACCCAAAAUGGACAUGUUUGCCCAUUCCAGGCCUCAACAUCUAUCAUGUAAUUUUAUAACACUCUAAGGGCCGGAUUCAACUCAACUGGUGCACUAGCAGAAGCCAAUGCAAGGACUUGCGAUAGCUCCAAAGAGCUUUCCCUCCUCUUCUCCCCCUGCACUUCCUCAAUUCAUUUCGGAGGGUCGGGGAAACCCCAGAACAACACAUGUGGGGAGGAGAAGGACGGUUGUUCCAUCUGGAGGGCAGAAAUGCUUGAAGAAUUAUCUUAUUAGCACUAUGUUGAUUUCUAUCCUAAGCUAGGCAAAGUUAACAUGGUACGUACCAAGGCAAAAAUAUUGAUUAAACCACCCUAGAAAAAACAUACUAGUCCUAGUUUCAGUUUUUCUGGGAUUUCAUUGUCCAUUGUAUGCCACACCAAACAUGCAUUCAUGUCUUCCGCCCAGGAUCCCUCUAACGCGAUUUGAAUCUAUCAGAGGAAAACUCCGUAAAAGAGGAGAGCUGCGUAAGCUUCUUGAAGACCGCCAACCUGACAUUUUUGUUCAGAGGUACCCGCACUGUCUCCCUUCAGAUAUUAAUUUGUCACAGGGACUUGCAACAGAAAGGCUCUAUGAUUACAUGAAUGUGAGUAUGUCACUGCAUAAUAAUGGGAUGAAAGCUCAUAGGACAGAUGUUGCUCAUUGAUUUAUUUAUUUGAAGACUGAUAACCUGCUCUUUCAUGAAAUAACAAGGCUCCGUCAUAAAAUAACAAGGCAGAUUGCAACAUAUAAAAUAGUCUAUAAAUGUCUAUAAAAGAAGUAACUAAAAAAUGUCAGCAAACAUCCAUUGCUCAAAGUAUAUGUCCAUCUGUCCCUUAGUAAAAUUGCUGCACUUGGAACCUAUUAAGCCAAUAUUUAUAGAGCUGUUAGUAGCCCAGACCAUACCAGAAACAUUACUGUUGUAUUGUAAAGUAAACCUAAAUUAGAUUGCAAAUUUAAACCACCCGUUCACUUCCAGGACAAUUAGGAAUUAAAGCACAUGCCUCAAAUAAGCAACAAUUGACUUUUUUAUGUUUUCUUAAAAUAUAACAGAGGCUGCAUAUGUAAAUUCCUAAUUCUAGGAAACAUUUAUUCCUCAUAAACUGCAAAGAGAAGGAAGGUUGAUUUUAUCAUUUAACAUACCAUUGGCAAUGUGGUGCUAUCCAGAUGUUGCUAGACUACUACUUCCAUCAUCCCUGACUGUUGACCACACUGCCUGGGGCUGGUGGGAGAUGUAUUCCUCCAAAAUCUGGGGGGCACCAUGUUGACUCUCUCUGUGCUAACCAUUUGAGCAGAAUAGCUAUCAGGCUUCUUGUCUAAGGAUUUGUGAGUGGUUCUUGGUUUAAUUCUGAUCCUGUUUACCUGAGGAGGUGGCUGGACUUAGAGCAGGUCCUUCAAAAGGGACUGUGCGAGAAAAUGAGGAGAAAGGGAUCAUGAGGUAAAUCCACUGGAUGAGAGGUGUGGUAAAAGCAACUCUUUCCUCAAACUGCUGUAGAAAAGGAACACAACGAGAUGGAAAACAGUUUCCUUUAACAAUUUCCUUGUGAGGCCACAAAUGUUUUUGUUUUGUUUUAGCUAUGUUUUGAGGUAGCCGUCAACAAAGGCGCUGCCUUGAGGGGGCCAGCAGUGCCGCGGUGCGGUCCAUGUGUGACAUGACAGUGAAUUUUGCAACGCGUGUUGUGUAAUGUGUUGUGUGCGCAUUUUUGGAAGGAGACCUUGCCUAACACUACAGCUGCCUCUCUCUCACACUCAGGAGGAGGCUGCCUUUGAUGCUGUGCCGCACUCGGCUUGGCGGUUUGGCCUCCUACACCCCCUUAAUAUUGGGGGUGCUGAGGCCGCUGCUACUAUUGAGAGUGCUGAUGACACCUCCACCCCUUAGAGUUGGCACACCUGGCCGUGAAGGUCUGUUAAAGCAAAAACAACCAGGAGUCUCGUGGCCCCACUAUUAUAUAUACAUUCAUAUGUGUGUGUAUGUUCAGUGGUACCUCGGCCAAAGAACUUAAUUCAUUCUGGAGGUCCGUUCAUAACCUGAAACUGUUAUUAACCUGAAGCACCACUUUAGCUAAUGGGGCUUUCCACUGCCGCUGCGCCACUGUUGCACAAUUUCUUAACCCGAGGAAGGAAAGUUAUUAACCCGAGGUACUAUUUCUGGGUUAGCAGAGUCUGUAACCUGAAGCGUCUGUAACCCGAAGUACCACUGUAUAUGUAUAUAAUAUUGUUAAUUGUCAAUAGCAAUAGAGGGACUUGCUCCCUUGCAGUUGCUGACCCAUGUUGCUUCAAAUGUGUCAACGAGGGCUGGGGAACCCGUGGCUCUUCAAACAUUCCAGAAAUAAAAAGGUAAAGGUAAAGGACCCCUAGACGGUUAAGUCCAGUCAAAGGCGGCUAUGGGGUUGCAGCGCUCAUCUCACUUUCAGGCCAAGGGAGCCGGCGUUUGUCCACAGACACCUUUCUGGGUCAUGCAGCCAGCAUGACUAAACCGUUUCUGGUGCAAUGGAAACCAGAGUGCAUGGAAACGCCAUUUACCUUCCCGUCACACCUGUACUUAUUUAUCUACUUGCGCUGGUAUGCUUUCGAACUGCUAGGUUGGCAGAAGCUGGGACAGAGCAACAGGAGCUCACCCCAUUGUGGGGAUUCGAACCACCAACCUUCUGAUCGGCAAGCACAAGAGGCUCAGUGGUUUAGACCACAGCGCCACCCGCUCCAGACAUUCCUGGACUAUCACUCCCGUCAUCCCUGCCCAUUGGCUGUGCUGGCUGGGGCUGAUAGAAAUUGGAACCCAAUCAUGUCUAGGUUGUCACAGGUUCCCCAGCCCUGCUGUAAACAAGGCUCUUGGUUUGCUCAGGAAAGAGUGAAAUUGCUCCAGGAACAACACCAUGGUAGCUUCUCCUAUUUCGUUCUUUAAAACAAAUAUGCAAAAUAUGCAUUUCCAAUUAAAACGAUGAAAAUAUAAAUUAACAGUUAAAGCCUGUUCUCGGAAUACAAGAUCACAUCACCUUCUGCAGCAGAUGCCAGGAAUGGGUUGUUUUUUAAAAAUACUAAAAAUAGAACGUGAGGCGCGGCUGUGCUGCUCACCAGGGGAUGAUAUGGAAGUGGAAGACUGAUAAGCUUGUGGAGUUCAUUGGUGGGCUGAUCCUGUCUCAACAUCCAGGAUUCUUUGCCUGGUUUCUAAAUUCACUUGGAUAGUUAAGAAAGCAAAGCUUAAUCAGGCUUGUUAAGAAUUUCUGAAUAAAACAUUCCCUCCCCCAAUUUGAACAACAUCCUAUGCAGGGUAUGGCUCAGAGUUCUGUGCAGUAAGUCAUUUAGAAAUAUAACUGUGCCUUUAAGUGCAGGGGUUUGUUUUUAAAAGCAAAAUUGCCAUGGUGGGUUCCCUAAUACAAACGGGAAUCCUAGCAAUUAUCCAAUUUGCAUAGAGAGAGAAAAAGCUCCUAUUGCUGGUGUGGUGAUAAUAAUAAUAAUAAUAAUAAUAAUAAUAAUAAUAAUAAUAAUAAUUUAUUAUUUAUACCCUGCCCAUCUGGCUGAGUUUCCCCAGCCACUCUGGGCGGCUUCCAAUCAAGUGUUAAAAACAAUACAGCAUUAAAUAUUAAAAACUUCCCUAAACAGGGCUGCCUUCAGAUGUCUUUUAAAGAGAAGAUAGCUGCUUAUUUCCUUCACAUCUGAAGGGAGGGCGUUCCACAGGGCAGGCGCCACUACUGAGAAGGCCUUCUGUCUGGUUCCCUGUAACCUCACUUCUCGCAAUGAGGGAACUGCCUGAAGGCCCUCGGUGCUGGAUCUCAGUGACCGGGCUGAACGGUGGGGGUGGAGACUUCAGGUAUACAGGAUCGAGGCCGUUUAGGAUUGGGACCACAGCAGGAAAACAAGAUUAAAGACCUCUGGCACCACACUAAAAUCCCAGUCCAGACUGGGACCCUAUGCUGACAAUUCCUUUAAAAGACAAACACCAAAUUGGCAGGUAUGUGACUAACGUAACAUGUGUAAUCCCUCUCAACAGAGGUGCGCCUGGCACCUUGAUUAGAUAGCUUCUGGUGAAUGCUGAAGACAUACCUCUUUACCUUGGCUUUUUGGGUGUAUACUUUUCAGACCCACCUCUAUUUUCAGUGUUUGGGCUUGGAGGGUUGUUACCUCUGCUUCUAAAAUGGAACUACCUACCCAACGUUGUGUUCACCUGAUGGGCGCCAUCACCCACCUGAAGCUCCCCUAACCUUGUCUGUCAGGUGACUGAAUACUGGACUGAUGGGUUGUUUUCCCCCUAGGCCCAGUACUAUGGAGAGGUGAGUGUUGGCACUCCACCUCAGCGAUUCACCGUGGUGUUUGACACCGGCUCCAGCGAUUUUUGGGUCCCAUCCGCUCGUUGCUACAGUAAAGCUUGCAGUAAGAAAUAUUUUGACAUUAACGGGUUUAAAGCAGCAGCAAUCUCAAACAUAUUCCACCUUGUGUUCCACAGAAUUCUCCAGACCCAGACGAAAAUAAUUUAAGGUUUGUUUCUGCCCCACACCCCCCCAAAGAUGGGUGGGGUACAAAUAAUAUAUAUAGAGAGAAAUAAUGGAUUGGAGACAGGGAAAGGGAGAUUUAGAUGGCUGAUUGGGAUGGAAGUAGCACAGAAUUUUAGACAGGGAGGGCCAUAAAAAGGUAUGUAGGGCACUGAUGUAAUCCAUUUCCAUCUUUUCUACCACUCUGUGAGGGCCUGAGCUUUCACCAAUUGUCCACUGUUAACGAAAAUUCCGGGUUGAGAGCCUACUCAACAGCCCAGUUCAUUGGGGUAUAAGUCCCCCGCGGGUCCAUGCGGUCAGUAAAAGAAGUAAAUUCCAGCCAAGCAAUUUGGAGCAAUUCAGCAGUCAGUAGACUUAGAUCCUUUAUUGUUGCACAACAGGUUCAACAGCAGCGAGUGAACCCAGAGCAGGGGGCGACACUGACUUUCCCACCAUAUCCCAGAAUACAGUGCGCACAGCAUCAUCAAUACAUCAUUGCUACAUCACUAACAUGUCACAAAAGGGGAGGGUUACACAAGAUUAGCACAGACAGAUAUAUCAGGGCAACACCCAAGUAUAAGAUUAGCAUAGGCAAACAUAUCUUAAGUACCCACCACCCAAAAGUACGAUAGAACUUCCUUUGCAUGUCUGGAGCCUAAAGCAAGUCUGGUGAUGAGAUUUGGCUUCCCUUGGAGAACAGUGAGCCCAGCAAUUGUCACCUCUGGGAAUUUCCUGGGGCAGGAGGUGUGUAAACAUGUCUUCUAGCUUGGGGAGGUGGCAGGGGAAAGAGUCCUUUUUCCAUGGGCAAAAUGGCGUUGGAAUGGAGGAACUUGGCAAAGGGGUUGAUUUUAUAUGAUUCAUAAAGCUAGGUAUCUUCCCUGAGCUGUCAAGUCAAAAGGAUACAUUCAGGCAUAAUAUUUGUAACAUUUAACAACUUCAAAUAUAUGCCCCCCGCCCCGUAAUUUCCGUAACACCACACAAUGCCAGUAGAAGGAACAGCCAAAUUCGCUAUCUGAGUGAUUUCUUGCAGGCAUGGAGGUUCCAAUGCAUGCAAAGAGCUGCUUCUGUGUUGGCUUCCCCAUUUGUUUUAGUCACAAUGGAAAGGAUGCCUGCCUGCAUCUUCCCCACUUAUCAGAGUGAAAGCAAAGCCUGCAGGUGUAUUCACCUAUUGCAACUCAAAGGAUGCACGUUUCACAUUUCCAUGACAUAGAAGAUCCAUACAGAAAAUGCAGUGCUUUGCUUUUAGUUAUUGCAAUGCUUUGCUUUUAUUAUUUAAUCAAAAUUAGGCCUAAACUUGGGGGGAAAUCAUAUUUAUUGCUGAGGUUACUAAUGGCCUUUAUUUGUACAGGCAUGCAUAAGAGAUUUGAGUCAUUUAUGUCGUACUCCUAUGCGCAAGUAGGGGAGCCGUUUUAUUUACAAUAUGGGACUGGGAGUUUGAUCGGCGUCACUGCCAAAGACACCGUACAGGUGAGAGAAGCCUUCCAGCGUUCUGUAUUUUGUUGGGUUCUUGGCAGUACACGUGAGGGCAUGGAUAAUUUGGGACAUGUCUUUUAUAAUAAUUCAGCUGAUGUUCAAAAUGCAUUGUUAAGGAAAUCCAGUCCGUGUUUCAUGUGUUCCAGUUCACCAAAGUCUCUUUGAAGGUAAGGGAACACAAACCACACAACUAUCAUAUAAAGUAACUUUGUAUGCAGAUGAUAUAGCAUUAAUACUAUCAUUCUUUCUCAUCUUUGCCGGAACUGGAGAAAGUUACUGGCAUAUAUGGUUCAAUAUCAGGUUGUGUGAUAAGCUUUUUCCAUCAGAAGCAGGGAAACUCUGGCCCAAACUAUAGAAUUUUGUGACAUAAACCAAACCUGAAAAGGUUCAAGAAGGAAAUUGCUUUGAACUGAAUAACCUGAACUUUAAUGUGGUUACAUGUUUUUCACAUUGUUUCUCUUUGGCAAAUCAAUGAACCAGUUCAGCAACCUUUCCAUUGAGGCUCAAGACUUUGGAGAGUCUGUCUAUGAGCCUGACCUGACCUUUACCUUUGCACACUUCGAUGGGGUGCUGGGCUUGGGAUAUCCAUCGUUGUCAGUGCUGCAUGGACUUCCAGUAUUCGACAAUAUGCUGAGGCAACAAUUGAUAGAGGAACCUGUAUUUUCCUUCAUCUUGAACAGGUCAGUGUUUGAGAGUGAAAAGAUAGGAUGGCACAAACCAGCCUUUCCACAGAAUGGUUUCUGAUGAAAUAUUCACGUUGUAGUUGUUGUUGUUGUUGUUGUUGGCGGCAUCCAUCUGUCUCGAGAGACAAUAGAGUGUGCCUUCUGGGGUAAAUCAAACCACUGUGAUAGCAACACCGAAGUAACUUCCCUGGGGCAUAAGCCUGGGCUUUGUGUAUGAGAGUCCUGGGCUGCCUAGACAAGACCACCAUCCCUCUGGACUCGCUGAUGUGGUCCAAAGGAAAACAGAGCAACACUCUUGGCACCAGCUUGGCUGCAGGAGUUGCCAGAAAGAGGAGCACAAGGUGCCAUCCAAUCAUCUUAGGGACUUCAGAUUUGUGGAGGGUUUACUUGGUGCUCCCCCCCCCCCCUAAAAUACAUGUUGAGGUAUUCUUAUUUUGACUCAAGAAAACCACCAUUUUAUAGUUCUAAUUGGGGGAAAUAAAUACAGUAAAUGGACAAAAGUACAAAGAUUCACAAAAUGUUUAGGGGUAUGCGUACCCUUGCAUACCCCCAGAAAAAAAAGCUCUGAGUAUAUAUAUUUAUUUUUGCAGUUAUUGUGAGAUUUCUGGUACAGUGGUACCUUGGGUUAAGAACUUAAUUCAUUCUGGGGGUCUGUUGCUGCGCGAUUUCUGUUCUCAUCCUGAGGUAAAGUUCUUAACCCAAGGUACUAUUUCUGGGUGAGCGGAGUCUGUAACCUGAAGCGUCUGUAACCCGAGGUACCACUGUACUACAUGUUUUCCACACAAUUCAUCAGGAGUGGAAUCUGAUUCACAAAUUUUAUCUAUUUGCUGCAUGAUUUCAGUGAGCUGAGAAAGGCAGAGACAGCCACAAGUUUUAGGGGGCCCUCAGACAAGAUGCCAAUUAUCCAGUAAGGAGGCCUACUUAUAGUAUAAUCAUAAUCAUCAAAAUUGUGAACGUUAAUUUAUUAAUCACCUUCUACACCAUCGUCUCAAGUAAAUGGAAAUUAAAAAAAUCCAAAAACAGUUAAAAACACAAAGAACAGCUGAUACAUUUAAAACAAAACGGAAACAAUACAAAAUAGACACUCAUGACAAAGGUCUAUUUAUCCAGCUGGGAAAGCCUCUUGGAACAAAAAUGUCUCCAAUUGUUUCUGGAAAGUACAGAUAGUGGGCACUUAUCAUAUCUCAGCAGGAAUGCUAUUCUGCAGAACCGGGGAAACCACACUGAAAUUCCUGCUGGGAGUUGCUGCAGAGCUGGCUUCUGAGAUCUUUGGAACUUGCAUGAGAAACUUUCCUGCACACCACAGAAAUCUUCUGGAUAUGUAAGGGAUAAGGUUAUCCCUCACGUAACCUGGUUCUGUAUAUGUUAGUACCAAAACCUUGAACCUGGCCUGGUAGCAGAUUUCUGUUUCAUCUUUUUGUUAGAAAAUGAACAUAUUCAUAUCUGAGCUUUUAAAGAACUCCAAUCAGGGCUGUAAUUUCUAAUGAGCUUCUAUUAUUAUUAUUAUUAUUUAUUUAAUCAAUUUAUACACCACCCUAUACCCGGAGGUCUCAGGGCGGUUCACAAAGAAAACCACAGCAUAUAAAAUCAAACCAAAAACAAUAACCCAAUUUUUUUUAAAAAAACAACCCCAACAAGCCACAUUCUAAAAGGGUGUUGGAUGUCAAUAAGAUCAACCAAAGCCAAUCUUUAAAAAAGAAAUUAUGAUAUAUGAGGCUGCUUGUUGUUUCUGUUGAUGUCAUUUAACUCCAUUUGAGUUGCUUUUCAGAUUUUGAUUUGAUGGUUCUGAAGUAUUAAAUACUGUUUUUGUAUUCUGGCUAUUCUCUCGCCAUGGUAUGAACCAUGACUUUCCCCAGAGAAUCAUGGGAAAGGCAGGUUACCCCUCACAGAGCUACAUUUUUAAUCACCCUUUUCAAACUCCUGUUCCCAGGCUUAUUUGAGGAAAGUCAUGUGCUUUAAAAAUGCUUUGAAUGUAUGGUAUGUUAGCAGCCUAGGACACCUGUAGCUUCUAAGACAAACACAAAUAUCUGAGAAGGCUGAACUGGUUUACACCCUCAUUCAACUUCAUGUCAAACCACAACUGUGUUUAUGUUUGCCUAUCCAAUAAUAGUUUUUCUUUUUUCUUUUAGAGGAGGCAACACUGAGAAUGGGGGUGAGUUGAUAUUUGGAGGCAUUGACCAUUCUCUCUACAAAGGGUCCAUUCACUGGGUUCCAGUCACUGAGCAAAAGUAUUGGAAAAUUCAUAUGGACAAGUAAGUUUGAAAAAUAAAUUAACCAGAAACCUUGGGAGUGGGAAUGUAGAAAGGAAAGCAUCUCUGAAUCAAAUAACACAAAAGAGCGAGGUACAGGGGUGGGAGUUGUUGUAUUUGGACCAAAGCCCUUGUAGAAUGUGAUUUAUGGAGCAAAAAAUGCGCAGACUCUAUUCUAAGCAAUUCUAAGCAAUUGCUUUGGGAGAAAAGCACUUGCUCUCACCUUUCAAUGUUUUUAACCAAUGAGCCAACUCACAGCUUUGAUUGUUGGGUACUAUAGAGAAAUAGUAGAGUCAUGCUUGUUCUAGAGAGGACCCUUAAAACAAACCAGGAAGUUCCUUCUCCAGACAAUGGCUGGAGGCAAUUCAGCAGGUUAAGCCCUGGCUAUUAUGGAAAAACAAUUAUGGCGGAAAGUUCACCUGAGGACAUUAUGCCUGUCAGGCAAACUUAUUACUCGUGUGUGGCUCCUGAUUAUUUUUGCGAGGGUUUCCUCCACCUCCUUGCAAAACAGCCUGAAUACAAAUAUAUUUUAUUGCUAAUUUUAUGCAAAUAUUGUGCCAGUCUUUGCAGGGUGUGGGGAUGACCCAACCCACAUGCCAUAUACCAGGCCCAGAAAAUCUCUUUGGAGCUCUCAGGUGAUGGUAUUUGGAGCCCAGCAAAAUCUAGAUGCCACAGUUCCCCCAGCACUGUUUUAAGAUAUUCAAAAUUGGAACUAGUUGAAUAAUAUAGAGGAAAAUUUUAAUAUCUUUCAAAAGAUAAUUUUGCUGAAAUGAUUUUAAAAGGUUAUGUUUUAACUGAUUGCUGACCUUUGCUUGCUUUCCUCAUCUCUAUGCCCCCGCAUGCUUGCAACCUGAUUCAAUCAAGAGUAUUCGUGUUUGUUCUUUUCUCCCCAUAAAAAUACAGCGUGAAAAUCCAGGGACAGAUAGCGGCAUGCAAAGAGGGCUGUGCAGCCAUUGUAGACUCGGGUACUUCUCUCAUCACUGGCCCACCCUCACAAAUAAUACGACUGCAACAAAAAAUCGGAGCCCACCCAGCGCCGCAUGGCGAGGUAAACAGAAUGUUUGGGGCAGCAGAGCCCCAAAGAAAAUCCAGAGCUGUUGAUAUCAUGGUGGUUCAGGACAUAUUGUUUUGAGCUGUGGGGGGAAAAGAAUCAAAGGUCAAAAUAAGGGGGAAGUUUUGGGCAAGGCUAGAAAUAGACCGUAUUUUUUGCUCUAUAAGACUCACUUUUUCCCUCCUAAAAAGUAAGGGGAAAUGUGUGUGCGUCUUAUGGAGUGAAUGCAGGCUGCGCAGCUAUCCCAGAAGCUAGAACAGUAAGAGGGAUUGCUGCUUUCACUGCGCAGCGAUCCCUCCUGCUGUUCUGGCUUCUGAGUUUCAGAAUAUUUUUUUUCUUGUUUUCCUCCUCCAAAAACUAGGUGCAUCUUGUGGUCUGGUGCGUUUUACAGAGCGAAAAAUGCGGUACUUCGCUGAAAUUUAAGAGAAAUAGGAAGUUACGUUUGUCUACUCUCAUGUUAUGGGCAAAAGCAACAAAGAUUCUGGUGGUACCUUGUCUCGUCCACACCUUACAUUUAAAGCAGUCUUCUACCACUUUAAGAGUUGCGGCUUCCCCCGAAGAAUUCUGAGAACUGUAGUUUGUCAAAGGUCUCCUAGCUGCCAGCUCUCCCAACAUACCAACACCAAUAGGUCACUUUUGCUGUUUAUGUGAAUGACAAUAAGAACCCCAGUUCAAGUGGAGGAAUUCAUUUCUGUUACAGUUUAUUGUAGACUGCAGAAGACUCUCCAGCCUGCCUCCGAUAACCUUUACCAUCGGGCAGAGAGAAUACACAAUAACUUCCAAGCAGUAUAUAAUCAAGGUAUGUAUCUGAAUUCUCACGGUUGCUGUCUUCUGAUGCAAGAGGUGUGUUGAGUGUUUGUGGGCUGAGUGUUGAUAUGGAAUGUGGGUUUUUAGCUGAUGGGCGUAAGAAGUCUCUCAAGAGCCUCCCUAGCAGCUGGCUUUCAGAGGAGCACUGCCUUUAACAGUGGGUGCCCACUGCCUUCUUGCCACUUUUCCCUGUACAAACAUCCCUGUACCCUUAGGCCAAAGGGUGUGGAAAAUUGUCAGAGGGAGGGCAUGUGUUUUGAAGAGGCCAAAAGGCUCAUGAAACGAAAGCAUGUCGGUUUUGGUUCAAUCCAGGGACGGCAUGGCUCAUUUCACCACUUAAGGUGAAAUGGGAAAUACCAGCUUUACCCUGCUGCUGCUCCCACCGCCACAUGUCGUGCUGUAUCUGCAGCUGGUGGAGAAGUGGCGCCCCCACCAGCAUUGAUUUUGGGCAAGAUUGCACUGAUUUUGGGUGACAUCUCGCCCCAAAUCACGUGAGAUCUGCGCUCUCUGCGUGGGUGGCUUUUGCCGCCCAAGGCAGCAGCCUCACCCUGCCUAAUAGCUCUGGUUCAAACAGCUCUGGUUCAAACGCUAGUGGAAAAGCAUCACCCAAAUAGAAGUGUUUGUUUUUCUGUGACAGCAAACCAGUGGAGGAGAAGCUUUUUGCCUCAGUGGCUUUCAGGCUCUGGAUCUCGGCCCCCGCAACAAACCGAUGUGGAUUCUGGGAGACGUAUUUAUGUCAGCUUUCUAUUGCGUCUUUGAUCGUGGGAAUAACAGAGUUGGAUUUGCACACAAAGCAAAAUAG